AUGGAACAUUCACGUGAUAGGGUUGCUGGGGGAUCUAUAAAUAGUCCUCCAUGGUUCGAAGGUGGAUGUGAAAAAUAUACUCAAUGGAAAAUUUACAUGAAGUCAUACCUCUAUGCUCAAGAUGAACACGUGUGGAACAUCGUAGAAAAUGGCUGGAAUGUACCUAUGGCAAAAGCAAAAGAAGAAGGCUCUUCCACUGCCACUCCCAAACCAAGGAAGGACUGGACUGAGGAAGAAGUUCGUGACUUGCAAGCAGAUUUCAAGGCUAAGAACAGCAUCUUCGCAGCCCUAUCGGAGCGAGAAAAACUGAGGAUAAGUCAUUGUGAUACUGCCAAGCAGGCAUGGGAUCUCCUACAGACUACCUACGAAGGAAAUAAAAAGGUACGUGCACAGAAACUGCAAGCACUAAUUUUUGAAUUCGAAACCAUGACCAUGGCAGAUGAUGAAACCGUGGACGACUUCCAUGGUAGAAUUCUUAAGAUUUCCUGUCAGUGUCGCAGUCUAGGAGCACCUUUUGAUGAAGAUAAAAUAGUCAAAAAGAUACUCAGGGCUCUGCCAGAAAAAUUUCACUCAAAAGUCACUAGCAUAGAGGACUCUUUUGAUAUAGAUGAUUAUCCACUUGAUGAGCUCAUCGGAAAUUUGAAAACCUAUGAGAUGAGGUUAAAACCUGAGAAGAAAAACAAGGGUGUAGCUUUCAAAGCUGUGAAAGAAAUUGAAGAGGAAGAAGGAUCGCUGGACCUAGCUCUACUGACAAAGGAAUUCAAAAAAUUUCUCAAAAGCAAGAACUCCUCUAAAAACGCAAAUGCUCCCAGAAGGAAUAACUAUACUGGCAAUGGUAGCAACAAUGACUACAAUGGUAAGAGUGGAAGAGGAAGCUUCAAAGGAAAUCAAUCAGGAAAACCAAAGUGCUAUGAAUGUGGUGGUUUUGGUCAUAUAUCUACUGACUGUGGAAAUAGGAAGCUUGGAAACAGCAACAACAAGUCUCUCCUUUCAACUUGGAGUGAUGAUGAAUCUCAAGAAAUUGAAAAUGUGGCCCUUGUAUCAUCACUGUUGCCUGAUUCUGAAAGUGACGAGUAUUUCUCUGAUGAUGAUGAAACAAAUGUCCGCUGCAAACAACUCUACAAAGCUUCAAAGGCUACUCUGAUUAGAAACUUGAGCUUGGAAAAAGAAGUAGACUUCCUGAGAACUAAAAAAGAAAAGGUGGAGCAUCUAUUCGAAUCCUCACAAUCUGCAUGGAAGUUGGAGAAAAGCAAAUUCUUGAGUGAAUCAGCAGAUCCACAAAGUGACCAAGAGAUACUGACGUGGAAGACUGAAAAGAAUGAGUUUCUCAACAGGAUCAAACUACUAGAGCUGGAUGUUAAAGGACAAAGAGCCUUGAACUUGGAAUUGUUGGCGAAAAAUGAGUCUCUUCAACACGAGUUAAAAUUAACUCAAGAAAGAUACAUCAAGUUCAAUAUCAGUUCCACUUCCAUGUCCAAGUUGCUCGGAUCAGGAAAAGCUCCUCAUGAUACAUGUGGGCUAGGAUACACUGGAGAAAAUUCCAAAAGCACCAAGUUCGUACGAGCCUCAAAACCAUCUGUAGAGCAGAAAGAUGUCUCCAUUGAUGAUCAUGUCAAUAAUAUAAAGGAAGACAGUGGUUGCUCAAGACACAUGACUGGAGACAAAACCUGGUUUACUUCAUUUGAGGAUGAAAAUACCACUAGAUCAGUCACGUUUGGAGAUGGGAGGAAAGCUAACAUUCUAGAUCGAGGUACAGUAAACACUCCAGGUAUACCUAACCUUAAAAAUGUGUUAUUCGUUGAAGGAUUAACUGCAAAUUUGAUUAGCGUCAGCCAUUUGGCUGACGACUAUGAAGAUGUCUGGUUUAACAAACAGAGAUGUUUGGUCCUAAAUCAGAAAGGAGAAAGUAUCAUGGGAGGUAAGAGAUCUGUCGAUAACUGUUACCACAUUCAAGCUAAUGAAUCUUCUAGUUUGCAGUCUUGUUUGUCUGUUAAAUCCACAGAGGAAACCUUUGAAAUUUGGCACAGAAAGAUGGGACAUGUCAACUAUCAGGACUUGCUGAAAUUAUCUUCCAAACAAUGUGUCCGAGGAUUGCCAAAUUUAAAAGGUAAAACUGACAAGAUGUGUGGAGACUGCAAGGUGGAAAGCAAACUAAGGCACCUCACAGAGUGA